AUGACAUCCACCGGAGUCGACUUCGCGAGCGAGUCGGGGCCGCCGCCACCGCCGCCAUUCGACGGUAAGAGGCUGCGCAGCGAUCCCGAGAAGCGCGGCUACGACCAAGAAAGCCCUAUCGAGUCCGCGUCCAUCCGUUCCGGCCAAAAGCCCGACGACCACACGCACCGCAAGCUCAAGCCACGGCACAUCCAGUUGAUUGGCAUCGGAGGCACGAUUGGGACGGCGCUGUACGUCCAGAUUGGAAACGGUCUGCUCAAUGGAGGACCGGCGAGUUUGUUCAUGGCGUUUACCAUCUGGUGUUCGUUCAUUCUUGCAGUAACACUAUGCAUGGCAGAGAUGGUCACAUAUCUUCCCAUAUCCUCGCCCUUCAUCCGCUUCGCCGGGCGCUACGUCGACGAGGCCUUCGGCUUCGCCGCCGGUUGGAAUUUCUUCGUCUUUGAGGCCGCACUCGUGCCCUUCGAAAUCGUCGCUUGCAACAUCAUCAUCCAUUACUGGAGCGACGUGGUGCCGGCCGGCGGUAUCAUUUCCAUCGUCAUCGUUCUCUAUGGUCUGAUCAACGUAUUGGCCGUCAAGUGGUACGGUGAGACGGAGUUUUGGGCUGCGCUAGGGAAGGUGCUGCUGAUCAUUGGGCUCAUCUUUUACACGUUCAUUACCAUGCUUGGGGGCAACCCCCUUGGAGACCGGUUCGGGUUCAGGUACUGGAACAACCCUGGUGCAUUCACUGAGCUUUAUUACGAUGGAACUCUGGGCCGCUUCCUUGGAUUCCUGCAGUGCUUGAUCCAAGCCGCUUUCACGAUUGCUGGUCCGGACUACGUGUCCAUGGCGGCAGGCGAGGCAGAGAACCCGCGCAAAGCGAUGCCGCGGGCGUACAACGCCGUCUUCUACCGGCUGACGGCCUUCUUCGUGCUCGGCUCGCUGUGCGUGGGCAUCAACGUGCCAUACGACGACGCGGAGUUGACGGCGGCGUUUCGGGACAGCAAGCCCGGGGCGGCCGCGUCGCCGUAUGUGGUGGCGAUGAACCGGCUGCGGAUCCGCGUGCUGCCCGACAUCGUCAACGCCAUGGUACUGACGGCGGCGUUCAGCGCGGGCAACAGCUACGUGUACUGCGCAUCGCGGUCGCUGUACGGGCUCGCACUCGAGGGCAAGGCGCCGCGCGUGUUGACGAAGUGUACGAAGAAGGGUGUGCCGGUGUACUGCGUGCUCGUCGUGCUGCUGAUUGCGCUGCUGUCGUUCCUGCAGGUGUCGGAGAAUGCGGCGGUUGUGUUGACGUGGUUUGUCAGCCUUGUGACGGCCAGCCAGCUCAUCAACUUCUCCGUCAUGUGCUACACGUUCCUGCGCUUCAAGCGUGCGCUCGAGGUGCAGGGCAUCAGUCGCGACACGCUGCCGUACAAAGGCAUCCUGCAGCCGUAUGCCGCGUACUAUGGCCUCACCGGCUGCUUCGUCAUGACCUUUGUCAGCGGCUACACCGUGUUCCUGCCUGGGAUGUGGGAUGUGCCGUCGUUCUUGUUCUCGUAUACGAUGAUCGCCGUGUUCCCCAUCCUGUUCGUUUUCUGGAAGCUCUUCAAGAAGACGGAGUUGCGCAAGCCAGAGGACGUGGACUUGCUGCAGGACCUGGCUGAGAUCGAGGAGUACCACAGGAACUUCAUCGAAACGCCGCCAAAGAACGGCCUCGAGAAGGUGCUGAACCUGCUGUUCAGUUAA